CACGAAGCAGCAGCCGAGAGACGUGAAAGCGAAUCCUCCGCAUCGCUUUGCACAGCGAAACUUCUUUUCACACUUCUCAGUCGGAGACUUUGCACUAAUUUCUAAUGGAAUCCCAAUUCAUUUGACUUUCCCGAGGGUGUGAGUGGUGCUCGGCAGGGAGACUGCCAAGGAAAGUGGGAGAUUAAGGAAUCUCCAUACAGUGCAGGCGAGUGCGGAGUGCUCAAUUAUGUAUAUGUGAGUGAGGCAAAGUGGGAAAGUGCCACGGCGAGAGUAUUUGCUCGCAACACCAGAAACACCCGUGGUUCUUCUUCACCCAUCAUCGCAUUGGAUCGCACUAGUUUUUUUUGUCCCGAAAGCCUCAUCAGAAAUGUGUCAAAGGCACUGCAAACAAACCAUCAACAGUAACAAGCGAAAUGAGGAGCCACAGAAUGCCGAAAUAUGUUCUCAAUAAGACAUUUACUAGGAAGAUGACCUUAACUCUAAGAAUAGAUUUUAAUGAGUCCCAGCGCAGACGCCGCCUUACUGACUCUCAGCAUUCGUCUCGACGAUCUCCGAUGGUGAAUGUGUCAAAGAUUAGUGAUAGUAUUUGUACUAAUAAAAGUGAAAACUUUCACUACAGCAACACUAAAUAUUUAAUAGUGAAACAUUGAAAUGUCGAUGAAGACCAAUUUUGUGUAAAGUAUAACAUUAUAAUAUUACAUUUUGUAAAAUCAUGCGUGUGCGAAUAACAGUGUUCAAGUGAAAUGAUAAAUAGUGUGACAAAGACAGCAACAUAGUCGUAAAAAAAACAAUUUAUAAUGUAGAAAUGUUGGAUAAAAAUUUAAACACGGCUGGAAAAUGACGAUCACAAUAUGGUUAAUUUUAGUUAUACUCUGCAGAUACAGUAUUAAUCCAGUGGCGUGUCACUCACUGGUCAAAGACAAUGUUGAUGAGAUCAAUAUGAUUAGCAAGACAAAACGAGCCGUUCCACCAGAAUAUGCAAGUACUUCCAGUUUAGCUGUCUGCGAGAGCUUCGUGAUCGGAGACCCGGAAGCGAAAACACUCUACAGUCCCAGCUAUCCAGGCAACUACCCAAAUAAAACAGACUGUGUUGUCGUUCUCGAAGCUCCUGUGGGUUUUCUGAUACGACUAGAUUUUAGAGACUACUUCAAUAUAGAGCCGUCUGAGGAGUGUAAAUUUGAUUUCUUAGAGAUUAGGGACGGUGGUCAUGGCUUUUCCAGCUUGAUUGGGCAAUUCUGCGGAACUGAUUUUCCGCCAAUGGUGACAUCAAGGGAGCGACAAUUGUGGCUUCACUUUCACUCGGACGAGAAUAUCGAAUAUGCGGGUUUCGUUGCCGUUUACGAAUACAUCCCACGUCCGACAAGCUCUAUUUACGAUGAUUCAAACUGCCGCUUUGAGGUGGGUGGAUACGAAGGAUGGGUUAAUCGGACCGAUAUACUGACUGAGAAGAUGCAAAUCUCCGUGGAGCACAAUUUACCACUAGACUGUAUGUGGGUGAUACGAGUCUGGGACGGCUGGAAGAUUCAACUGGCCUUUCUUCUAUUCAAACUCGAUAAGCCCAAUGACUGCGACAGCAAUUUCGUCGACGUGUUCGGGGAGAAGACAGACAUCCCUAGCCGGUUAAAAAAUUUCUGUGGCUCAAUUGCUGAUUCUGUCACAUCCAACAAGAACAUACUGCAUAUUCGAUUCUAUGCGGAGCCACCGGCAAUAAAUUCGACGUUCGCCAUUCUCUUCACGGCAUUUCGGGAGAAACCGGCAGGCGAAACAUGCGAAGACAAUGAAUAUGACUGCGAGGAUGCAACUUGCAUAUCUCACGACUUGAGAUGCAACGGCCGAGUGAACUGUCGCUUCCGAUGGGACGAGGAUGAAUGUGCUAAGGAUGAAGAAGGACAGCCACAGCAUGUUGUCAUCAUAGUUGUCGUCUUUGGUCUGAUCCUGGGUGGAAUGUUUACUGCCUUUCUGGUUAGCUGCCUGAGAAAACUUAUGCGAGACCACAAGAUUAUUAGGGAACACAUUCGGCAAUCCAAGGAGAGCAAGUUGGAUGAGCUGGGUCGACACUCUACAAAACUUCCCGAGGAGCGACAAUCGAUGAAAAAGUCCCGGGAAAACCUAUCGUCCAAAUUGGCUGUCGCAACUUCUGCGCCACGCGGGAAGAGUGUGGACGCCAUCAGUAAUACUGGCCAUAUCCUGGACUCGCCAGACAUCUCAAAUCGCUACUACCGCGAAAUCGUCCCAAUUCCCACCACUGGGACUGUGACCCACUGUGAAAUGAAACGCCCCGAAGUGCUUGUCGGAUGGAGAACAAGCAGUCUCCAAGAUGAGAGUCACAGCAGCGAUGGCGUUGGGAUGUGUGAUAUCGCCUGCCAAACGAGGGAAUCGCUGUUUCAGCCCAUCUUCAGGAAUAAAGUCACUCAAUCGCCGAUCCCUUCGAGUGAAAUUAGAUUUUCCACAUUCGGCUACAACUCCCCGCCCGUGAUGUCCAAUGUCGGCCACGAGCUCAACAACCCGGCCAAGCAGCCUCUAAUCCCAUCGGCAGCGAAUGUCAUCGAAAUGAGUGACCUGGGCUGUCCGCCCCCUCCACCCCCUGUCGCGCACCAUCAGCACUGUCUACACCACCAGAUGAAGGCCUUGGAGGCCCUGAAGCUGGACGAAGCCAAGAGAAGUCAGCGCGGCGACGACAUACGUAAAUCAGCCCCGGACGUUAUAAUCAUGACUUCGCAUUGACCACGGUGGAUAAUUUUUACUAUGUAAAUUUUCAUUUUCUACACACGAGAGAUCGUUACAUGAUUAAGAAAAGCGGGAAAAGGCUCUCAAUCAUACACACUCGCGCCCACACGAGAGGAAAAUUUAGAAUGUGUACCGUGUGUAACACACUUAUUAAUUUAAUCUUCAUUAGUGGAAAAGAAGAAAAAUAAUUUUAAAAUGUAUUUUGUAAAUAAUUUUCGUUAUUGCUCGGCAGCGUAAUUUUCUUGUUAUUUUUACAUAAGGAAAAAAACAUCAACAUAUAUGAUAGAUAAUAUAUUUAAUAUUUUAUUAGAAUGAAUUUCUAAUAAAAUAUAUUGAGAAA